AUGGACUGGUGCGACCGCUGCGCCCACGUGUUCAUGCUGGCCUUCCUCAACUCCUUCUUCCUGGGCAGCACGGGGAUUAUCGUCUACGUGCUCGCGCGAGAUCACUCCAUCAGCACGUCCGGCACCGUCAUGGUCUCCGUCGUCCUCGUCUUCUGGGUGCUCAUCGGCGCCUUCUUCUACUUCGUCUCCUGUGGCGCCUUCAUCCUCUGCUGCGUCCGCCGCAUCGGGUGGCUGCCGCGCCCCAGCGCCGGCGGCGGCGGAGGCAGCACCUUGCCCGCGGCGGCGGACAUCCCGGCGUACGAGCUGCGGGACGCCGGGCACGGGCAGGCGGACGGCGGCGCGUCUGCUGAUUGCGCGGUGUGUCUUGGCGAGAUGGAGACGGGCGACAUGGUGAAGCGGCUACCGGUGUGCCUCCACGUGUUCCACCAGCAAUGCGUCGACAAAUGGCUCAAGAAUAACUCGACGUGCCCGGUGUGCAGGUGCAAUGUGUUCGCGCCGCUGCCGAUGCAAAUGGUGUAA